AAUUAGCGGUUCAUAUUUACUCAAGAGAACUAUGUAAAUUUUAAAAAUUAUAGGUCAGAAACUUUUGUAAACAGUUAAACAGAAAACAGACUGUUGACAUUUCUAAUAUAUACAUGGGUGUUUGUUAUAACAGCUGGCUGGUAUUUUGACAACAUACAAAAUAACAUGAUAAUAUUCUCAAUUACACUAUUUGAGAAAAAGUGUUCUUCUCCAUUUGCGAGAAACAUAUUAUUUGUAUUACUAGUAUUACAAAAAUAUAUAUUUUUAGAAAUUUUAUCUGUAAUGGAAAUGCACAGUUUAUUAGCGGUAAGUAAAAUUUGGCAUUAAAGAGACAAUUCUAUUGUUUUCGAAAGCUAAUUUGAUGAAGAUAAGUAUAAUGUUGACAAUUGCGAUGGUGUAGUUAGCAGGAUGGACAUGUUGUUUGUACGCUGAUGGAUAGGACGCAGACAUUAAGUCUUGGAUUAGAUCAACAAGUUGUAGACAGUUAUGGUACAAAUUGUGAUAAAUGUCUCGCUCUUCAUAUACAUGUACUUAGCGACAUUCAUGUGAUGAACCUUUUCAGUACUGAAACUUGUAUUGACUCGGCUGUGACUUUAUGAAAAAUUAAGUGAUUGAAGUUCCUGCUGUAUCCGUAAGAAAUAAAUUAUGUGGAAUAAUUUGCAUAAUAUUACCAGCGAUGUUAGAAUUGUGAAUUUAUAGCUACUGAAGAUUCUGUUUCUUUGAGAUUACAUUUGAAAGAAUAUAAAAUUAGUGUCAAAAAAAAAUGUGGCGUCAUUUGCCAUGUGCCGGAUGUCGAAAGGAUGCCAAGAGUUAUGGGCAGGAUUAUCAGGUCAAAGCACAUAGUAUGGAUGUAGGUUCCCAAAGGGCCACAACGUUAUCCGACCAUCUACGUCACGCUGCCAGCAAGGGAAACAUUGAGGAUAUUGUUCAGUGCCUUCAGGCUGGUGCCACAUUUGAGUCAGAUCAGGAUGGUAGAACAGCUUUACAUUAUGCAGCACUGAAUGGCUAUACAGAUGUUACAAAGUUCCUGCUAGAGAAAGGUUGUGAAAUCAAUGUUCAAGAUGCUAGUGGUUAUACAGCACUACACAGAGCAGCGUCUCAGGGUCAUGUAGAAGUUAUAACUGCACUGCUGGAGAGAGGCUGUGAUGUCAACACACAGGACGAGCAUGGUAACGCAGCUAUACAUGAGGCAGCCUGGAAUGGGUUCAGUAAGACGAUAGAACUGCUGGUAAAGUUCAAUGUGAAUGUCUCUAUAGUAAAUAAGGCUGGUUUCACGGCACUACAUCUGUCUGCCCAGAAUGGGCACAACGAGAGUUCUAGGGUUCUGCUGUAUGCUGGCUGUAACAGUGAUAUUAGAAACAACUAUGGUGAUACAACGCUCCACACAGCAGCAAGGUACGGGCAUGCUGGAGUUACCAGAAUCCUCAUUAGUGCUAGGGCAAAGAUAAAUGAACAAAAUAAGAAUGGAGAUACUGCCUUACACAUUGCAGCAGCUUUAAAAAGACGGAAGAUCGCCAAGCUGCUUGUUGAGUCCGGAUCAGAUGUUUCUAUAAGAAAUAAACAAAAUGAAAAUGCUGUGGAUGUUGCAAGAAGAAAGGAUCAUGGAGAAAUCAUAGUCAUUAUACAAGCUUACUCAAGGCCUGCAAAACCACCAGUUAAGGAGGUGAAUUUCAAACCAGAAGUACAGCAUUUUGAAGGUCCUGUUGUCGUUCCUGAUAUGGACAUUCCUGAAAAACCUGACACUAAAGCAGACCGGGGCAAACGAUUUCUCUUCUUUAAGAAAAGAAAACCAAAGGAGAAGACCCCACCUCACAGAGGAGUUGUACCCCAGCAUAAUGUUCCUGGACACAAAUGCCAUGUCCAUACUGCGCCAGUACAAGGUUUCUUCAGUAAAUAUGUGCCAAGAGAGGGAGUCCAAUAUUACAGGGAUCUUGCCGGAAAUGUUAAACAGGGACCAGUUGGUUACACUCCAACAUGUAACUGUCUUCCAGCUAUACACCGCCUAGAAAAACAGGUCCACGACACACAGGAUCAUGUUUAUGGUCAGAUACAGUCUACAAAUCGUGUCAUGCAGGAACAGAUAAAUCAAGUCGAUCACAGGUCAACGAUGCGUCUUCAAGCUUUGGAGAAAUAUACUCAGGAUCGGUUUGUCGAGGAAGAGAACUUGUGUCGGCAAAGGCUUAAUGAACGAUAUAAUGAACAUGACAAUUAUUAUAUGCCUAAUGAUGAUCAUAUGAAAUCACAGAUACAAAACUGGUUAGAACAGAAGUUGGAAGGUUACGGACAUUGUCUUCAUCAUCAUCAUGAUGACUCAGCACUUCCAAAUGAAAAUAUUUUCUCUGAAGUUCAUGAAACUGCCAAUGGACGUUUGUUUAAAUCGCGCUCUGAUGAAACAUUAUCACAGUCAGAUAAUCAUAGCGGACGCUUCAGAAAACGAGAAUUUUAUGAAUCUAGGCAACAGGCAAUGCAGCAGAUUCGAGCUUGGCAGGUACCAAGCUAUAGUAAGGAUAGAAGUAGGGUGAAAGUGCUAGAAAAACAAGGACAAACAAAACGGUCUCAGAGUAGACCGGACUUAAAUAAAGUGACAGAACAAAGACAUUAUCCAGUUGAACCUAGAAUUCAAGUCAGAAACAGACCCCAGUCACAAAGUGUUGAAAGAACAGUUAACAAACCUGAAGAUAACACCUAUAUGACUAUGACAGGUACUCAAAAUAAUGGUGCUAUAGGGAAACAUUCCACUCUCCCCCAACCUCAGGUGUAUCCUAGUGCGAGAAAAGGGUCAGGGUCACAUGGCCCUAUGGGACACAGUACACCAAAGUCACGGGAAUCUAGUCCUUACGCUUCUCACAAUGGAAUAGUGCGUAGUCAGACUGACAGUGGUAUUAAUAACAAUGUGUCAAAUAAUUCACUGCAACAGACUUUUGGAAGGACGGAAUCUUCAACUGAACCAAAAAGACAAAUGUCACUAAGUGAAAAAAAUCUGAGUGAUAGAUCCUUUAUGUUUCCGGAUCAACAACAAACUCAAACAUAUAGUGUGCAUAAGCCAGAAACCAGUUCAAUAAGUGUUAACUCCCCUUACAGAAAUUCAACAAGCAGCGAUAACUUUGUGUCCAGUGUUCCAAAACCAACAUUUUCUACAUUUGGAUAUGAGGAUGGACAAGGUAGUAGAAAGAUUCCAGCAUUUAGUCCUGAACAAAACAGUGCUGAUCAUAUUGAUCAGGGACAGUGUGAAAUGCCAAGUUCUAGUACACCUAGGUCUAAUCAUUCCGGGAAAGAGGAGCAAGUUAGUAAGUCAUUUUUAGCUCCCGAUUCAUUUUCCCGCCAAAACUCACAAGGCUCGUAUGGUUUCACACCAAGAAAUCAUGACGAUAUGUAUGUUGAAAUGAAACAUUUAACUCCGAGAUUACACCAGCGUGCAAGAUCUUCUGAAGGAAUACUUGAAACAGACAUUGAUCAUGUAAAUCUCAGUCGUAGCCAAAGUGAAGAACGAACACUUGAAUUGCGGGACACUUCAUACACUCCAAACACAACCAGAUCUUCUUCUGAGGCCAGAAAUCUACAAAGUAACAUUUUGCACAGUCCAAAUCCAAAAUCUAUUUCUAAGCAGCAGACAGGGAUUUUGUCACCUCGACAGCAAAACUCAUUUUCAAAUGGCUCAUCUCACCCUGUAUAUAGCAGUUCACCCUACACGGUACAAAGUGGAACAGUCCGUUCAGCCACUGGACCACCAACGUUACCUAAACCUAGUGUUCAGUCAUCGUCUUACCCAUAUUCAACUGUACGAGAAGUGAAACGUGUUAGUGAUGUGAGAUACAAUGGAAAUACAAGUGGUGCUAAUAGAAACAUUAACGGAAAUGUUACAGAAAACGCAUAUAGUACAGUGAGGGACGUCCAGACACAAAAUAUUAGUAAUCGUAACGUAACAGUUGCAGCAGAUGUACAUAGUCCAUCUGACAUUUACAACAGUCAUCCUAUGAUAAACAAUACAAGCAGUAACUCUAAACAAAACCAGCUAGAACCUAGAUCAAAAACUGCUUAUCAGACUUACCUUACUGAGAACCCAAACUUUUCAAACGAGAAUUUAUGCCACAGAGAAAACUCUCCAAACAUUUGUAACAACAGUAAAGAGGACUCUAGUAGUAACCCUGACUCUGGUUACAGCAGUAAAAUAUUCGGCAAUCGAGCUAAUUCGGCAACUCCAGCAAGUUUAGGUAGUACACCAUCAUCAUCUUUCAGUACAGAUCGCGGUGUCCAUAGUAACACAAAUUCUCCACAAAGUCAGUAUUCUAAUACAGAUUACGAGUGUUUGCCAAAGAGACAGUACGAGGACGAGGUUCAGAAUCAUGUUCAAAGUUGGUAUCAGCGCAAAAUUCAGGAAACUACUCAAAAAGUAUAUGAUAACUGGAGGUCUGAAAGGUCACCAGGCAAGGUCACACCACAACAACAAAAUGGUGGACAGAGACUUCCUGUGAGGUAUUAUGGGAACAGUGACUAUGCUAAAAUUGACUACAGUGUUGUGAAUGGGCGGCAGCAAAAUGGGCAAGCUGGAAUUCCAAGUUAUACUCCAUCUGGACAGACAAGUCAUAUGGUUUCAACUUUUGUGGUUCAUGGCAGUGAUGUAUAAUUCUGAAUAACACAUUAUUUUCUUCAUGGAUACUGAUAAGCUUUAGUAACCAUAUGAAUUUUAUAUAAUGAUUAAUCUUUCAGUAAAAAUCCAUAUGACUCAUGCAGUAUAUUAUUUAAGAUUACGACCUUGUAUGUAUGAAGGGAUGAAUUUGCCACUAAUUGUUUACACAUGGAAAACAAGCGCAGCAAAGAUGUACCUUCCAUUAAAUUUAUGAAUUUAUAUAAUAUUCUUUCAGCAAAAAUCCAUAUGUUUGAUGCAAUAUAUUAUUUAAGAUUACCAUCUUGUAUGUAUGAAGGGAUGAACUUGCUACUGACCUAUUGUUUAAACAUGGAAAACAUGUGAAGCAAAGAUGUAUUAUAUGUGUUCCAUUAAAGUAACAUUCCUUUAUAUAGGUCUAUAUAUGUGCUAUAUUUUACUGUGUACAGAGAAUUAUUGGCAUGGACAUUAUUACAUUGCAUUACAUAUCUUGUCAUCUUUGACAUAUAUAGUGGACAGUACACAAAAUCAGAAAAUGGCAAUAUUUUUUUCUGUUACUGUAUUAAAUGUAUCCUAUGUGUUUGUACAAAGAUGUUGUAUAAGUUAUUUUUUUGAUACUGUAUAUUUUAUAAAUACAUGAACAUUAUAUUAAACAAAUACCUCUG